CAUGGCAACAGUGUUAUUGAUAUAACUUCAUUUUUGAUCACCUUUACUUAAAAACUAAUAAAAAUGUUAUAAAUAAAACAGGACAAUGAAGUUACUAAAGUUCCACCUUCGGUAUCAUCCCCCAGGCCUGGUGCUGGAGUAUCUUCAAAAAGGCCUCAUAAAGAAUAAGGAUAUUGAUCUUCUGGACAUGAACUGCAAUACCGAUAUUCAAGAAUUGGCAACGAAGCUCUAUCAACGCGAGGUUCUGAUCACAGAUGACGUUAGGAACCAACUGGAGCAAUGUUUGGAGACUUUAAAGAAGCGAAUCGAGCAUGAAGGCCCAAUGGGCAAGAGGUUUUAUAUUUACAAGACAUUGGUCACCCACAUUUUGCCGCUUACCAACGUUUGCUUUGAUAAAAUUGGAAAGAGAUGUUUGUCAGGAAGUUACGACCGGACCUGUAAGGUUUGGGAUGUGGAUUCAGGCCAAGAAUUGAAGACGCUCGCUGGUCAUCAAAACGUUGUCUAUUCUGUGGCAUUUAAUUUUCCAGUCUGCAAUCGCGUAAUAACAGGAUCUUUUGACAAGACGGCUAGAAUCUGGAAGCCUGAGACGGGCGAAUGUCUAGCGACAUUAUGGGGUCACACUGGCGAAGUGGUUGCCGCCCAGUUCAGCGCGAAGGGAGAUCAUGCAGCCACUGGCUCUAUGGAUACCACAGCUAAGCUUUUCGACGUUAGGACUGGUACGGAGGUCAACACAUACACUGGUCAUACAGCGGAGGUGAUAGCUCUACAAUUUGAUCCUAAUGAAGGACAGCGACUAAUUACAGGAUCUUUUGAUGGCACCAUCUCUAUAUGGGAUACGAGACUUAAAGAUCGCGUAUCAGUACUGAGAGGCCAUGAUGGUGAAAUAUCCAACGUCCAGUUCAACUGGGACAGCUCCCUCGUAGGAUCAUCUUCCCUGGAUGGGAGCGCGAAGCUCUGGGACGCCAGGAAGACAGAAUGUCUUGCAACUGUCGCGGAGCACACGGAUGAGGUGCUAGACAUCUGCUUUGACUGGGCUGGUCAACGCAUGGCUACAUCUUCUAGUGACUGCUCAGCUCGCAUCUAUGACGUGAAAUCGGAUUUCAAGGAGCUGGCUGUCAUGAGGGGUCAUAGGGAGGAGGUUUCUAAGGUGUGUUUCAGUCCAGCUGGUGGAUGUCUUUUGACAGCUUCAGCAGACCGCAGUGCGAGGAUAUGGAACACUACCACAGGCAACUGUUUGCAGGUCCUCUCCGGCCACUGUGGGGAGAUUUUCUCGUGCGCGUUCUCGUACGCCGGUGAUGCUAUCAUUACAGCAUCAAAAGAUAACACAUGCAGGAUUUGGCGGUGACUGGAAUGGUGGUUCUAUGACAAAUUAUAAAUUAACAAUUUUAACACGUCUGUCUCAGCUAACAAAACGCCUGAACUGAUGUUUAUAAAUUGUAACAAAGGUGACGUCAGCUUUGUAAGAAAUACCGCAUUAUUCUUCAAGACGGUUGAUCAAAAAACAAAUUUAAAUGAAAAAUGAUUGAACGACCAAAUAUUAAUAGAACUAAAAUUUCAGAUACUAGAACGUAUAACAUACUUAUUGAGUGUAAUGAACAGUAAAAUGUUACUAUAAAAAAAUGUGUGCAUGUACUUACACACGUAAGAAGUGAAACUUCUUUAUUGUCUUAUUUUUCGAAAAAUGGUCUACUAUAUGCAACUUUACAGAAAUUGAUUAAAUAAAG